ACUGGUGUUUGGUCCACGUGCCAUCUGUAAACACCAUCUGCUGCGGCAUGAUUCGAUGCACGCAUGCACAAACACUUCAUUGUGAGCAAGGAAUCACAAUGCACUAUAUGGGACAAAGGCUCACAUGCACAUCGCCACAUGCCCUGAUUCACCCAUGGCUAUCCUGAGGGAGAAAGAGCGCGUGCACGAGUUACUGGCGAGAUGGGAUCAGGGAUUUAAGAGUGCACAAAAUUACAUCCACACGUGCACUUCAUGUUAUGUAAGAGCCCUGACUGUCUCACUGUGUGCUGUAGGAUAACAGAGGCAGUGAGCGGAGAGAAGGAGCAGAUGCUGCAUGCACACACAUCAGGGAAAUCUGCAUUUAUUACAGAAAAGAGGACACACAGAUCUGCUGUUUCAGAAGAUAUGGAUAUGGCUUGGACAAAAAGACAUCUUUUGUGAGAAUUCUUUUUGGAAGUGUAAGUGGAUUAUGGUCAGCAAUGGUUGGCUUGCGACGCUGACUACUGUAAGAACCUAAGGACAUAUUUGCUUUGUGCUAUGGCCCCUGGGGGGCCUUUGAUAAUGACAUCAUUGUGGCCCUUCGUGUGGGUUGUGUGUGGACUGAAUGUAUGGUUUCCCCACACUCACGCAGCCUCAAUGAGUCCUAUUCUGCUCACAACCUCAACUGCCCCAUCUACCGAGGAGCAACCAACAGAUCCAGAACAAAAUGAAUCUACAGAUCCACCCAGCAACAAUAACACAGCACCACUAAUCAUUUGUUAAACACUAAAGCUGAAUUAUCCUCACGCAGCAUCAGUGAUUCCCAUUCUGCUCAUGACCUCCCCUCCUUCAUCCAUUGAAGAACAAUCAAUAGCUCCAGAUCAUCAAACUGAGCCCACAGAUCCAUCCAACAGCAACAACAUUGCCUCAGUGACCCCCAUACUGUUCAUGACCACAUCUGCUCCAGCCACUGAGGAACAAUCCACAGAUCCACAACAUCAGACUAAAGAUCCACCCAGCAGCAACAACAACACAGGACUGGCAUGCGCGUCUCUGCUGCCCCCUCGGAGGGGGUCAUACUAUGUGGAACAUGGCACAGGGGUGUCUGUGGGCUCCAUGCUUGUCUUCUGGUGCAGGGAGGGCUACCAACUGGUGGGCCAUGAGAAAAUCACCUGCCUCCUGCGAGCCGGUGUCCCUCGAUGGAGCAGCUACCUGCCAAUCUGUGAGAGUAUACCUAGACCAAAUGACCAGGGACUUCGCAUUGCUCUGCUGGUCUCUUUAGUCAGUGGGGUGGUCAUUCUUGUCAUGACUGUGUGCUUCAUCAUCUGCUGUUGUCAAGAGCGCAUGAGUAAAACAAGGGAAAAGCAUCGGACAGGCAGAAGCAGGAGAAGGGAAAAGCGGAGCUCUAGAUCACGGAGGAGCCCAUCCUGGUUGGAGAGAGAGCACAUAGACUGGGAGGCAUUCCCACCACCUAAACUCUUUAGCUUGUCUCAGCGUCUUGAUCGACCGCUGCCCCCCAGAAGCCCCGUUUAUUCAGAGAUCAUCAGAUCCUAUGAGAACAGAGGGUAUGAGAGGAGUCAGGAAAACCUCCAGAGGAGUUCACAUACUGCAUACCCCACAUACCCAGCGCUUGUUUUCCAGAGGGUCCAAACAGAACCAAACCCAACAUCUUCCUCCACCAACCCGGUAUACGUACAGAUUUCAACUUCUCCCCAAAACAGGACUCCAUGUGGUCCUUCAGUCACUCAUCCAUAGACUCCUUCAAGGGGACGCAACUAUUAUUCAUUUUCUCAUCAGCAGCAUUGAAUGUGGCCAAAGUGACAGCAAAUAAUGCACUGCUGAAAACCAUAUGAUGGAAGCCAAAUAAAUAAUGGGAAGAUUUAUAUGGUCCUAUAGUGACCAGGACAAGCACUUUGAUAUUUCUAAAGUAAAGCUAAUGAUAUUUUUCAGUGUGCAAAUACAUUUUCAGUAUUGUAAAUAUGUUCCGGUUUGGGGUGGGCUUGGUUAUUCUUGUCAUAUCUUGAACUGAAAGGCGGCCGGUGACUUCUGUUUCAAGGGCGCAUGACGCGAAGCUCGUCACAACACGCAUUUAGCUCAUCAUGUGUGUGCUUCGCCAUUUUCAAAAUUCGGCGCGUCAUGUGAACCAUGUACUUCACGUGUCUUGUCAAAGGCUGCGUCCAAAUAACCACACUUGCAGUCUUUGCACUUGACCACUUGACUAUUUACAUGAGGUACUUCCUGUAUUUUGCCCAAGUGUUCUAGUGGGCGUGAAGAUCCCAAGGGUGCAUGUAAAAAUUAUUCACCCGAUGGGACACACUAGCAAGUGUUCAAAUGUCUAGGUAGUGGCAGCAAUAUUCACCAAAACGUAACUUAUUCAUUUUAUAUUUAGGCUACUUAAAAUAUAUAUUUUUAAGAUUUGCUUUAAAUAAAAUAAACACAUAAACAAAUUAAUAAAUAAAUGAACAUUUAAAGAAUAUUAUCUACACUCAUAUGAAACUUUCAGACGCAGAAUUCUUUGCACAAGUAAAAAACUCUUAAUAUUGUGCGUGUAGCUUUAUCUUUAUGUAGUAGUCCCUGAAUAAAUGACACCAUUAAUGUUGUUUAAAUGUUAUAAAAGCAAUUACCGAUGUUUUUCAAAAUACAUAACAAUGUUUGCACCAAUGAAAUAUGGAACACAUUCUGUUUUACUACCAAAAUAUGUAAAAUCCAUUUAUUGACUUACAAUUAAAAGUUUCCACAUCUCACGAGAUUUGGGCAAAAGUCUCCUGAUUUACAUCCUGAACAUGAUAUAUGACGGCAUACGCUUAGCUUUGAAUACCGGGCACUGCACUUUGCCAGUUUUAAGACAUGGGGCAGUUUUGAGCACUUACUUCCUGUCGCGUGCACACGCUCUCCAGUGGCCAAGACCGCAAUUUGGACGCAGCCACAAUAAUUGCCUGCUGCAGAGACGUUUGCCAGAUACUCGCUUUAUCUCAAAGUUAGUGUCUUGCGAGUUUUGAGUGUGCAGCAGUCACUUAUUUUGACAAGACGCAUGAUGCACACGGUUAACAUGACACAACAAACACAUAUUUUGAAUUUGCGCCCAUUGGAAGAGAAGUCACCGGCCGCCACUGAUUGAAACUUGUAAAUAGAAUUUUAAACAAUAUUGUAAGUCAACAACCUAACAUUAACCAAAAUCUUUUGUUUUGCACAUUUCAAAAGUUUGCUUAUGGUCACCAGCUAUGCCACCAGUUUAAAUUAAUUAUUUGUUGUUAAAGAGCAAUACAUACUACAAUUUUAUACAGUAUCAAGCUGAGCCAUUUGUUAACAUAUCACCUAACAGUAAAACUUGCACUUUAAAUGCACUGACUCAUUUGUUUCACUUUAAACUAAUUUGUAAUAAAGCGUUGUGUAUAUCUA